AUGGACGCCGUCUCUGAGGCGGUGGCUUCACUCACUGUGCGCGAUCCUGCGCGCUCUGGCCGCGACUGGUACAUCAUCGCCCACAGCAAGAAGGCACAGUUGUACCGCUUCUCGCCGCGCGGCGAGUCUUCGUCAGGUACUCGCUUGGUGUGGGAGGAAAAUGAUAUCACGCACUGCUACCCGAGCCACAGCGGCGCCGAGGUUUGCAUCGGCCGCGCCGGUUCUUCGACUCUGGAAAUCGUGGAAACCUUCACCCGAUCGGUGAGGACGUCCAUCGCGCUGCCCGCUGAUUGCACACUUUCGGGCGCGCUGUUCAGUCCUAAGGACACGUAUCUGGUGGUGCACACCGCGUGGGCGGAGCACAACCCCAACAACCUGGUGAUAUACCUCUUGGACGGCUCUGAGGCCAGGCCUGUCUACUCGAUCCCCUACACUAAAUCGUAUUGCGUGAAGCGAUACCCCAUCUGGACUCCGUGCGAGUCCUUUUGCGUCCUGCGCGUUGGCAGCGAGCUGGUGGUGUGGAAGGACGGCGACUUCAAUGCCGAGGGGUCGGUCGGCAAGAUCUGCCUGCCUGGCGGCGCCGAGGCGCCUCAGGCGUUCCCCACCAACUCGAUCAUAUCAGUAUCCCCGAUGAGCAAAAAGGGGACCUGCUUCAUUGCGCUCUUCCUGCCGAACCAGCAGAAGUUCGCCGACGGUGUGGUGAAGAUCUUCUCGUCGGCUGAUCUGCAGACGCCAGUGUUCGAGCAACUGUUUUCGUCCGCGGAGGAGGGGGAGUUUUUCUGGAACCGGCUUGGGACGGCUGCGAUACUCCGCACGUUCACCAACCACGUGAAGGGCCUACAGUCUUACUACGGCGGCAACGGGCUCUUUUUGAUUCACCCCAUGAAGCGCUACUACAAGACCAUGAUGGAACCCAGCAAGGGUCUGGCUCACGACGUGUCGUGGUCGCAGUCGGGCAACGACGUGAUCAUCGUGAAGGGCAACAUGCCGUCCGAGCUGGAUAUGUACGACGGAAACAACGGCAAUAAGUCGCUGACGUUCGGCCGGAGCAACCGCAACACGAUCCGGCGUGACCCCUUCGACCGUCUGAUGCUGGUCGCCGGUUUCGGUAACUCGAGCGGCGACAUCGACAUUUGGGACCUAAAGAAACGGUGCAAGAUCGCGCAGAGCAAGUCUAAUUGCGCCGUGUUCUGCGAGUUUUCGCCGGACGGCCGGUACUUCGUCACCGCGACUACGGUGCCGCGCAUGAAGGUGGACAACUGCUUCAAGAUUUUCAGCUACGGCGGCAAGCUGGUUCACAAGGUCGACCUGGAUGGCCUCGCGCUCGUGAGUCUGUGCGCCCCCGGCGCGACGUUCUCCGAGCGUGAGCCGUCGCCCGGUGCGUGCUCUCUGCAGCAGACCGUGACCAAGUCGCUGUACCGUCCGCCAGGGUCGCGCGGCGACGGCUCGGCCGCUGUGCACAUGCGCGUGGACACUCAGACGCUGGUGGCCACCCCCGUCACCCGCAAGGACAGCGUCGUCCUCAAGGGCCCCCCCGGCGCCGACUUGACCCUGCUGAACGCCGCCGCCAAGGUCAGCCGCAAGAAGAAGGCGCAGAAAGGAGCUGCAACGAAUUGA